AUGUGGUAUCCGUACUCAAAGGGUAUGACACCCUUCGAAAGGUGCAAAGCCCGAUGGGCGAUGUACGCGCGGCUUGGCCAGGGACAUGCGCCGGGUGCCGUGCGAGGCCCACCCUACAACGGCCGCGGCACUAGAAGCGCCAGUCGCGGUGGAACAGCCGCUGUGUCUGGACCACAUUCCAUCUCCGAGGGUCAGGUACAGCUUUCACAAGGAGGAGGACAUGGACAAGUUGGAUUUCAUCUGGGAAAAGCCCUUGGUAAGUUUCAUCUCCCUCCUUUGCCCUCUUCCAUCUCCCUUUCGUGGAGACCGCCUCAUUUAUCAAGCCGGGAGCCCGAAUGA